UCAAUAUUUACAAGAUAUCAAAUUGCACAAUUACAAAUCAAGCUCAUUCCAUCGACAACAAAAAGCCCAGGCCUGCAAAGCACAAAUGGACAGCUGAGCACAGGGUAUAACUCCUUUUGACAGUUUGGAAGUGCUCUUUCGUUGUGUUGUUAGCGAGUGCAACAGAAGAAAAAAUGCCGAAGUCAUUUGUUGCGGCUCUGAAAGCAAAAUAUUGCGAAGAUGAAGACGACGCGUCCAAUUGUGUCGUGAGCUUUGUCUACACGAACCGACCGCGGAAGAACAGCGGAGGCGAAGGGGAGGCGGAGCUAGGCUAUCUGACCAGUAUGGUCCUGUCUAUGAGUGGCAUCACUCACGCCGGUAUCCCCUCAGAAGGUCUUACCUCCCUCUGCCCAAACGUGACGGACCUGGAUCUAUCCAGAAAUCAGAUUGGCAGCUGGGACGAGGUCAUGUGUAUACUCCGGUCUCUGGACAAGCUCCAGUUUGUGAACCUUAGUGGAAAUAGGCUACAAGAUCCAAAGAAAUCUUUGGCCAACUUGUCCGGGGUCAAGUUUGGUAUUGAAAACUUGGUGCUCAACAAUACGGGUGUGUCGUGGGAUGACAUCCUCCUGAUAUGCCGCUGUCUUCCGCAGUUGAGAGAGCUACAUGCCAGCCAGAAUGGCUAUUUGGACAUCCCAGCUUCUGCAGAAUGUGUCAGGGAAUGUUUCAGAAAGUUAGAAGUCCUCCAUCUCACAGAUAAUAACUUUACAAGAUGGGAGCAGGUCGUACCGCUGUCUCUACUGCCUGCUCUUCAUACCUUGAUGCUGUCAGAGAAUCCGCUGUCCAACAUCCAUUAUGUCAUCACCAUGCCCAGCCAGGAGGAUGGAGAUGGGGAGGAUGUAAAUAAUAAAAUGGAUGUGUGUUCAGAUAAUCAACCUGCUGGCCCAGACAUCAGUGAUGUUGUGACUGAAAUCCUGGACAAACUCAUUGAAGAUGCCUCCACCAUGUCCAACCAGAACAGCCUAGAAGCCGACCCAUCCCGCAGUCCUAGCCACAGGGUCUCCGAUCCGUCCUACGACAGCGGCAUGGAGGACUACCAGCCGAACACCCCAAGACGCGUUCCCAAGGAACGACUCUCCAGCCAGGGUUCCGAGGACAGUGAUCCCUGUGGUUAUGGAGCGAUUAGACAAGACAAUCCACCCCUUCCAGAGAAGACCGUCCAUCAAGUGCUACCAGGUAUCAGUGAACACGGUGCUAAACCGGUCCCACUGUCUUCCCCCAAAUCAGAAGACAAGAGGAGGAAACUCUCAGAAAGUAAGCCUAUGAACGCGUCCAGUACUGUCCCAGAGAGCGAUGCGCGUAAUGACGAAGUGCUUGUUGAUAUCAACACCGAUAAGUUUGCCUACUUUGAGGUUGCUUGGGAUCCCGAUGAAGCCAUCGGCCAUGAAGAGGAGGAGAGGGAGGAGGAGGAGGAGGAAGAGAAGGAGAUUGAGAAGGAAACGCCUCCUGUAUGUCCGUUCACACAGUUUCCCAGCCUGAAAGUACUGUGUGUGACUAAUACCAAGGUGGAGAAGUGGUCUGAUGUGGAGUCUAUCAGGGCAUUCCCGUGUUUGGAAUCGCUUCGGGUUAAGGGAAUGCCUUUCCUGGAGAAUCUCGCCAUAGAUGAAAAGAGGAAGCUGCUGGUUGCUAGCCUGCCCAACAUCAAGAUGCUCAAUGGAAGUGAGAUAAAGGAAGAGGAGCGAGAGAAGAGCGAGCGGUUUUUCAUCCGUCACUUUGACGAGCAUCCCGAGCCUCCACCAUGGAUUGAAGAUCUGGUGCAGAGACAUGGUAACCUGAAGCCCAUGACUGAGAUCGAUAUUGGCAGAGGAUUUCAGGUACAUGCGCAGCUGUCUUUUGUUUACAGCGGCAAGUGCAUCCACCAGGCGACCAUCCACGUUGUUCAGAACGUUUCAGAACUCAGAAAGUACUGUGCAAAACUGGUUGACAAACCACAGAGGAUGCUACGCAUGUACCAUCUAUCCAAGAGCCCCAAUGCGGGAGAGACCGAGCUGAACCUGCUUAAUCAGGACUUGCUUCCGAUGAGUCGCUACGACAUGACCCACGGAGACGAGAUCCAUAUCGAGACCACCUCCUAUCAACCCCAUAUAGCCCAGCCAUUCGUUGUCAAAAACUUUAAUGGUAGUUAUUACCCUGACUUCUAAGUAAGCGAGCAGACGGCCGAUGGCUUUAGGUCCUCUCCUCUGCAGAGGGGGAGAAUGAUGAGGAGACAGACAACCCCUUACCGCAUCUGACAACGCAUCUCUAAGGCAACAAUAGAUGUUGAUUGUGAUGAUGAUGAUGAUGGUGAUGAUGAUGAUGAUGAUGAUGAUGAUGAUGAUGAUGAUGAGGAUGAGGAUGAUGAAGAUGAGGAAGAUGAUGAAGAUGAGGAAGAUGAUGAUGAUGAUGGUGAUGAUGAUGAUGAUGAUGAUACAGACAACCCCUUACCGCAUCUGCCAACACAUCUCCAAGGCUUUAAGCAGGAGUGGCAACCAGAGAUAACUGCAGAGGAGGAGAAUGAUGAUGAUAAUGAUGAUGAUACAGACAUCCCCAUCGCAUCUGACAACGCAUCUCAGAUACAGCCAUCAUCAGAAGCUACUACCAGAGAUUAAUGAUAGUGUUGAUGAUGACAAUUAUAGGGACAGCCCCACCCAAACCCCACAACACAUCUCCAAGACUUUUAACAGGAUUGGCAAGCAGAGCUAACUGUAGAGGGUGACAAUGAUGAUUGACAGUGAUAAUGAUCAUGUCUGACAGACACCUACAGUGUUAACUCAUCAUUUCUUGAUGAUAUCUCUCACAGUCAUGAUUCUCAUAUUUUUGUAAGUAACCUGGUUUAAUCUACAUGUUUGUGCUGCCCUUAAAUAGCAACGUGCAAUCCAUUUUCUUCAGGUUGUCCAGUUAUUAGAGUGCCAUGUUACCAGAGCUAGUAUUUGAAGAGAAGUAUAAGAAUGUACAUGUAUAUCAUUUCAAGUGAUCUUAUUCUCUGAAUAUUUUAUUUUGACCAGGGUUUGAUGGUUUAGUAGCCCAAAUCUACCCUCUAUUCCCAGAAAUUUCCUCUGAUAUCAAUUUUGAUUAAACUAAAUUAAUUGAAUUGAACUGACGAAACACCAGAUCGUACAGUAUACACAAUCUGCAAAACUACAUAGAAAAAAGAAGACACUGAAAAUGAUAAUUUGUGUACAAUGUGGUACAGAGACAUUAUAAACAGUGUUAUAUACAUGUACUAAAGGAACCUGCUUAUAAAGGCCACUUUGUCUCCCUGGGGUGGUCUUUAUAAACAUGUUUUACUGUAUUAAAUUCUAACAAUCAUGUAUAAGGAACACAACAAGCAAGGAAAACUCGUCUCCUUAUCCUUGCUAUAGACAUUUAUGUUCGAUUUUAGAUUUGUGAAUCGUCUUUUGGCAUUGCUGAUAAAGUUAAUAGAUUAUAGACUAAUCAUUAGUUAAUUGUUCCAUUUGUGAAAUCCAUCUCGAUCCCAAAUAUAGAAGGAGAAAAAGGAAUUGCUAAACGUUCUGGACUGUUGAAUGAUUGCAAUAAAAAAAUUGUUAGACUUUGUGCCUUAAUUUAAUACAUGUACGUGUGUUGUACUAAAAGGUUUAAUCUAACGUCAGAAAGAGACUGAGUUAAUUGAUUUUGGUUCAAGUUUGAUUGGUAAUAGCACUGUAUUGUAAUAAAUAAAUCAGAGCAUACGAUUACAUUUUAGUAAUCCCUUUUCAGCAUGUGUAAUAAAUGGUUGACUAAGCUAAAGAUGACAUUUGCCUGUUAUUAGAACCUUCAUUCUCCCCUUUCUCUGGAUAUUAAACUGCAUUAAGUUUUCGUGCAAAAUUUUUCUGUAAAAUAGUUAAUUGCAUUUAAGUUUGUUGAAAUGUAAAUUGCCUAUUUUUAUAAAAUAGUGUUGUGUGUGAAUACAUAGUACCUGGAAGACUAGAAUACCCUUUUGGUAGUCUGAUUUUUGUUAUUGAUGUUGUUGUAAAAUAAUAUACUGUUGUAGAUGCUUGUUCUAGAAAGCAGGCGUUUAUAAGUUAUACUGCCAGGUGGUUUGAAACAUAAUCGUUUUGCUAUCAUGACUGAGUUUGUACACCUUGUUAGUAGCUGCCCUUUGUCAUGGCGUAAUAGCCAGAGAAUGCUCAGGUUUUCAGCCAUUCUUAAUACAGCUUGGGUGAAUUCACACAUGGUAAAUGAGAUGGUUAAUGCAUGGUAAAUGCAUUGUAACCUAGCUAUGAGGAAAUGUAUUAAAAACUCUCCAGUGGGUCCAAGGUAUUGUAUACAUAAUUCAGAAACUGUUUCCUAUUCGGUCUGUCCUGCACUUUCUAAAAUUCAAGAAUUUGCUUAAUAUGUAUUUUUGAUAAAAAAGUUUUAAGAGUGUAUUUUGUAAUUCAUGCUAAAUAGGACAAAUUCACAAAAGUAUGAGAAUCGGACAAUUUCCCCAAAAAAUUUAGUUUCUAAAAUCUGGGCACAAAUUUCAAUCAUGUAAUAUUAGGUAAUUUAUAUGUCAUGUCUCUAUUUUCUUCAUUUUAUUAUAAUUUUUUUCGGCAUUGGCUUGUCCUUCAGCAACUUUAAAUUCACUGUUCUACUGCCGGUCAGAAUUAGCACUAUCCAAAAACAUUCUGUAUGCACUCUAUUAAAUUGUAUGAUGUUUAUAUGGUAAA